CGACCAAUCGCGUAGACGCCAUAUAGUAUAGAAAGAUGGCGAAUAUAGAAAAAGAGAUAAAAAGAGCAAUGGACACGUUCAUAAAUGCGUGGUAGACUCGGAAGUUGAAAUUGACAGAUUCAAGGACGAACAUUUGAAAAAAGAGAAAGAGAGAGACAGAUAGACAGAUUGAUAGAUAGAUAGAGAAAGAGAGAGAAAAAGAGAGAGAGAGAGAGAGAGAAAGAGAGAGAAAUACAUUGACGUGUGAACCACUGAUGUUAAGUAGAGCAUAGUAAUAGUAGUAGUAGUGUAAUAAUAUUAAUAUUAGUAGUAUUAGUAAUAUUAGCAGGUAGUAGGUAGAACAGUAGUAUAGCGGGUGGUAGUACUGGUAGUAGUGGUAGUGGUGGUGGUGGUGUUGGUAUUGGUAACGGUGAUGGUGAAACUGGUGGUGGUACUGGUAGCAGUGGUAACAGUGGUAGUGGUGGUGGUUAUAGAUAGUAGUAUUAUUGAGUAGUGGUAGCAAUGAUUUAAUCGAGAUAAACGCGAAACGUUUUGCUGGUAUCCGCGGUUCGAUGAUAUGGUGAAACGAUGUGUUAAUAACAGUGAUAGUGAUAACGGUGAUAAUGGUGUAGUAAGAAAUUGUGAUAGUGAUAAUGGUGGUAGUAGGUGUGUAACAGAAACGGCAACAGCAACAGCAAUUGGAAGAAUUAUAGCUAUAGCAACAGUAGCAAUAAAGCGGCUCCGACGGUAGUGGUGGCAGCACCUGCAGUAACACCAACGUUAACAGUAGUGGUAGCAGUUAAGAUUAGCGCGGGGGGACUGAGUGCGAUUCCGUCGUCCGUGAUUUUCGCUAGACACGAGAAACAGUUUUCUCGUGGCACACGUUCGCUUCGGGUUAGUUCUGUUAGGAGAAAGGAAGGGGUAUUGUUAUGCGGCGUGUCACGAUUUAAUGAAUUAAAAAAAGACUAACAGAGAGAGAGAGAGAGAGAGAGAGAAGGCGAUAAGAAGAUUUAAAGAAUUAAAAAGAAAGAGAGAAAGAAAUAAAAAUGUUAAAGGAAUAUUCGCCGAUAGUACAGGCCCUUUUAGGGACAUUAUUUACGUGGGCCCUUACGGCAGCGGGUGCCGGCCUCGUUGUCAUCAUACGCGGGAAACAGCGAAAAUUGUUGGACAUCAGUCUUGGAUUUGCCGGUGGCGUGAUGGUAGCAGCAAGCUAUUGGUCCCUGUUGGCGCCAGCUAUUGAAAUGGCAACGGAGAGCAAAAUUUAUGGAACCGAAGGCGAAUACGCAUUUGUACCGGUUGGAGUUGGGUUUCUCAUAGGCGCGGCAUUCGUAUACGGAACGGACGUGUUGAUUUCUUCCCUUGGCAUUCAGUCCCCCAAUGUGCUUUUAGCUAUGCAAUCAGUCGGUACGAAACAAAGAGGCAAGGUCCUUGCAAAACUAAAGAGUGACGAGGACUUAGACGAUAUCGAUACGUUUAACGACGUACAGAUUUCCGGUGGAAUGAUGUACACUCAUGUCGAUUCGACUACUAUCGAUGGAUUUUACGAACAAAAUGCAAGAAGAAGACAAGUUGCCAAUGUACAUAGGCCAUCGGAAUCGGUCGAGAUGAGUACGGUUUACGAAGAUCCUAGUAACGAAGUUAAGAAUAAUCAAUGGAGGAGAAUAUUGUUAUUGGUUGUAGCUAUUACGGUGCACAAUAUACCCGAAGGCCUUGCCGUUGGUGUUGGUUUCGGAGCGAUAGGAAGCAGUGCAUCAGCUACUUUUGAAAAUGCAAGGAACCUAGCAAUCGGAAUUGGGAUUCAAAAUUUUCCAGAGGGCUUGGCAGUUUCGUUACCUCUUCAGGCGGCAGGUAUCAGCACCCUGAAGAGUUUCUGGUACGGGCAGCUUUCUGGUAUGGUAGAACCGAUCGCCGGUGUCCUUGGCGCUGCGGGGGUGACAUUAGCGGCACCUGCUUUACCCUAUGCACUGGCCUUCGCCGCAGGAGCCAUGAUCUAUGUUGUCAUUGACGACAUCAUUCCGGAAGCCCACGAAAGCGGAAACGGUAAACUCGCCAGCUGGGCCGCCAUCGUGGGCUUCUUGGUGAUGAUGUCUUUGGACGUGGGAUUAGGCUAAGAGAUCGCAAUACAACGAUUAUCGUUCUCGGAAACGUGGAAUCCACAUAACGAUAUAUAUAUAUAUAUAUAUAUAUAUAUAUAUAUAUAUAUAUAUAUAUAUAUAUUCGCCUAAUUCGAGUCACUCGAAUCGACGACUUCUAAUUUUUAUUUUGAUGGAUCGAUCAAUUAUUUCCUCUUCAAUGAAUACUUCCACGUAUCGAUUUUAACGUUCGAUCGAUGGAUCGAUAGAUAGAUAGAUAAAUCGAUAGAUAGAUUUAGAUAGAUAGAUAGGUAGAAUUUUGUACGAAAGAUUUUAUAAAGAUUCGUACGAUCGACAUUUUUUUUUUCCUUUUUCUGUUUUACUUUUUUUUUUUUUUCUUUUUCUUUUUAAUUUUCUUACAUAUCUUAACUUUUACAAUAUCUUCUUUU